UGUCCACCUCUAAGACUCUGGUUAUUUUCUUUGUGGUUGAAAUUUUUCGAAAAACAAAAAAGUGUAAAUGAAUGCAUAUGUAUGUGCAACAAUAUUUGCGAAUCUUUGUUUAUAAUAGCUGACGUUUAUGGAUUUUAUGGUGCCGAUUCACACAAUGUCCGAUGGAUCGCCGCCUCCGUCAAUUUGCUUUAUCCGUGCCGCCGAAUCGUAUCCAAAAUCACAAAUGGAGAAGGAAGAUUCCCAGCUGUUUGUGCCCUUCCAAGAGCUGUCCGGCGAGUCUAUCAAGUACCUGGGACGCACCGAUGACGGCGUUCUCGCCUUGUCCAAUUACCGCAUAUAUCUCUCGAAGAAGUCAACCGGCUUUGAGACCUACGUACCGCUGGGAUUAAUCGAAUCGGUUCAGGUGCGCGACCUGUUUCAGCUGAUUUUAAACUGCAAGGACGCCAGCACUGUGCGGUGCUCAUUCCAGUCUGCAGAGCAGUGCGCAGAUUGGCAGCGUCGAAUCCACCUGCUCAUCGGUGUGCCCGAGACGCUGGAGACGCUCUUUGCGUUUCCAUUUUACUCAUGGACCUGCGACACUAUUGGAACGAAUGGAACUACGGCCAAUGGCAAUGAAAAUGGCGUGGCUAACAAGGAGCGCACAGCGCUGUUGGUGGCGAACGGCUCUUCAAGGCUUAGCACAGUGCCCGCAGCACCUGUUCCGCUUCCUACCCUCGAUCCUGUCGACACUGUGCCCUCGGUGAGCAGCCGCCUGCAGCGAUCGGUGCGGUAUGAAAGCGACUUUAAGAACGAGGUCGCUCGCCUGGGUUUCGACCUGAAGGGCUCCUGGCGCAUCUCCACAGCGAAUGUCGACUUCAAGCUGUGCCCUUCGUAUCCGCCCAAGUUGCUGGUGCCCUGCUGCAUCACCGACGAGAUGCUUCACAAUGUCGCCAAUUUCCGAGGAUCGCGACGUCUGCCGGCGGUGGUCUGGCGACAUCAGAAAUCUGGUGCUAUUUUGGCUCGCUGCAGCCAGCCGGAGGUGGGCUGGCUGGGAUGGCGAAACACCAAGGACGAACAGCUGCUGAAGGCUUUGGCCGAUGCCUGUGCCUUCGACAGGGGCGAGCACACUAGGCAUUCCGCCUUCUCCAAUGCGAAUGCGAAUGCAAAUAUGCAUCAAACCAAAAGCGCCGCCAGGGACACCACCAACACAACCAACAACUGUCCAUCGAGUUCAUCCGGCAAGAGUUCGCCAUCGCUAGAGGAUUCCUCGCACGAGGAGCUCACUUUGGAUGAAAUCAGGAAAAUCCUUAUUGUGGAUGCUCGAAGCUAUACGUCGGCAGUCACGAAUCGGGCCCGUGGCGGCGGUUGUGAGUGUAUUGAGUACUAUCCAUGCGCCGAAAUAGAGUUUAUGAGCUUGGGCAACAUUCAUGCAAUCCGGAAGAGUUUCCAUGCUGUCCGCCAGCUGUGCGCCUCCUCGCCCGAUGAUCCAAAUUGGUACGGUCAGCUGGAGAAAACUAUGUGGAUGCAGCACCUUUCGGGUCUACUGGGCGCCACCAUGACCGUUGUGCACACCAUCGAAAAGAACGGACGCCCGGUACUUGUCCACUGCUCUGACGGCUGGGAUCGAACGCCUCAGAUAGUGGCGACGGCGCAACUCUGCUUGGAUCCCUACUACAGGACGGUGGAAGGCUUUCGGGUUCUCGUCGAACGUGAGUGGCUUAAUUUCGGUCAUAAGUUUGCCGAUCGCUCUGGCAACGGUCCCAACUCCGAGGAGGUCAACGAGCGUUGCCCUGUUUUUCUGCAAUGGCUGGAUUUGGUUCAUCAAAUCCACCGGCAGUAUCCCUGCAGCUUCGAGUUUAGUAUAGGCUAUUUGAUUAAACUGGCGCAACAUUCGCUGUCCUGUCUAUUUGGAACGUUCCUAUGCAAUUCGCUUAGGGAACGCAUUGAAAAUUCCGUUUUCGAUCGAACAUUUUCCGUGUGGCCAUUUUUAGCGGAAACUAUGUAUAGAAAUCCCCUCUAUAAGCAUGAGACUGAAAAGGUUCUUUGGCCAGCACACAGUGUGCGGUUUUUAUAUUUUUGGUCGGACGUUUACCUUGGUAGUUUAGGCAACAAAAAUGGAACUGAUCUGUCAUCAUUGCACAGCAAUGACAGGCAGACUGGCAGUGUCCACAACGGUGUUACGAUGACAAAGACCAGAUCCUCGGAAGACUUGACAACGAAUGAGCUGGGACAAAGCACCAUUUCGAGGAGAUCAAGCGAUCCGAACCUCACAGUUGAAUCCAUUGUCACAGAUUGCCUCAAUGUGAACAAUAGCAACUCCAUGUUCGACAUUCGAUCCGAGCAGACGGAGAAUAGAAACGUUUGUGCAAAUGUCGAAGAUAGCAAUGCAAAAGACUCCAAAGAACGUGGUGUAGAUGUUACGGAUACGCCCGAAACAGGUCAAGCUGGCCCAGCAGAUAAUAGCAUUCCACAGUUCUAUAGCGACCAAAGUAUACCAGCAGCCCCUUCUGCCCGUGAUAAAUUGGAUAAGGAAGCAGCGCAGCAACCGAUCCCUCCUGGAUCCGACCGAUCCACAGUCCACACAGCCUUAGAUCGGCAGCCAGCUCCUCCAAAAUCAGAAGGCUCUGACCAUGCCCUGUUGUGGCAUGGAACCGUUGAAACCAGCACCGAUACCCUGAUUCUAACCGAAAAUAAUGGCGAGAACCAUGCAACGCCGGUGGACAACACUAAUGACAGCGGCGAUAAGAAACUGAAAUCGGUGGAUGGUGGCGGCGUCCAAAGCAGUAAAAUCAGUCAAAGCUAUAACAAUUUGCCGCGGGUUCACAUGAAGCCGACCGUCGCACGGCAGCGAGGCGGAGACCAGUUUCCACAUCACCUAGACUUGCAUGUGUCCAGGCAGAAUGCGCACAACGCGGUCCGCUGCAAGCCAGAGAAUUUAAGCAAGGAUGCGAAUGUAAAUGGAAGCUCAGUGGUAGCUGAUGAAAGUUUGUACAUGUCGCCCGAGCUUCAGAGAUUCGUGGGCCAUUCCUCACCAUUCGAUGUACCUUCGGUGGUGGGCGGCGGCGGUCGGGUGCGUAGGAAUACUUUCGGGUCAAGUUAUAGUCGCGACCUGGGUCACCUGAAAUUCACGGCAGAAAACGGCAGCACACACCAUCAAUAUCCGUCGUCCGGCUUAAUUUCAUUGCCCCCGACACCGUUUCAGGAGAGAGCACAGUUCACCAUAUCCUGCCCCGAUGGUCUGGCGCACGGCCUCAGCGAACAAAAUAUAAGACUUCAUCAGAUCGUACAAGACCAUAAGCUGCGCGAGGAAAUUCUGCUGCGGGAAAUACACGGCAUGCGGCUGGCUUUGUUGGAGAAAGGCUGCCCCAGUUGUAACAGCGUUGUUUCGACUAAUGUGGAACAUGAAAACGGAUCGGAUAUCGUUGAAAAUGCUUCAACGUGUUCAUGGGAAGCCGUCGAAGAACGUAGUGGUCCCCCAUCGUUUGCCCCUUCCCUGAUCCAAGAGAAAAAAGCCUCCAGUGUCCUCUGGGUACCAGAUCAUGCCGUUUCACGUUGCUCUAGUUGUCAAACUGAGUUCUGGCUUGGACGAAGAAAACAUCAUUGUCGAUCAUGUGGAGAAAUUUUCUGUGCUGACUGCUCGGAGUUUUGGGCGCCCUUGCCAUACGAAAAGCUUUUCAACCCAGUUAGGCUAUGCGGAUCCUGCUACACGACAGUCACAACCAAUAUCCAGGAGUACGCCGCUGCUGUUCCGCCUGAAGCCGAUUCGAGGACGAGGUCCUCUGCCGAUUCCUAAGAGCUGUUCCCAAUUAAUCCAAUUAAGACUCCUCUGUUGUAUCGAUAUGUACAUACCAUAUAUAAUAACAUAUAUACUCAAGAACAAUA